ACAUUAAUGGUGUGUUUGGUUUGAGAGAAAGAAAGAGGAAAGAGAAAAAACACAGAAACUAAUGAAUGAAUUUAGUCUUCAUUCAUUAGUUUCCGUAUUUUUUUCUCUUCCCAUUUUCUUUCUCUUAAAACAAACACAUAGUUAAUAUCUGACAUAUUUUAAAUAAGAUUAUAUCUAGUGAAAUAAUUCCCGAAAAAAAAAAAACCCACAUUUUUGACACUAUGCUCUCUAUUAUUUAUUUUUCCUCAAUUUUCUAUAUUUAUUUAGCUGCCAACAAUAAAUUUACAACAAUUUUAAAGGAUAAGGAAGCAAAAAAAAAAGGGUACCAGUUGGUGGAGAAACAGAACAACCGAACAAGACAGUUAUCUAAAUGGAUGCAGUUGUGCAGCGCCCUGUACCACUUUGCUGCUUCCCUCAUAAUGCGAAGUCACAAUUGCAAAGGAGAUCAUUCGCAGUCUCCUCUUCACUGCCUGAGACUGCAGUUUCAAUUGCAGUAGCGGCAACUUUUGUUGGGGCAGCGGCCACUCUUCUUGUAAAAAGAUCCAAAAGUUCUUCCGAGACCACACAGAUUGAACUCAAAGAUUGCGACGAUUGUGGAGGUUCUGGUGUAUGUUCAGCCUGCAAAGGUGAAGGAUUUGUUCUUAGGAAACGUUCUGAAGAAAGUGCUGAAAAGGCAAGAAGUCUAGCUAAGAAUAUGGCUACUCGAUUCACGGAUGGGCUUCCAAAGAAAUGGAGCUACUGUACAAAAUGCUCUUCUCGCAGAAACUGCUCUACAUGUGAUGGAAGUGGGAAGCUAAACUACUAGUUUUGCCCUUACAUAUGAAUAUAGUCUUGUUGAAAUCAAGAUUCAAAAUGAGACAGCAUAGUGAAUUAAAUCUAGUGAUUAAUUUGCAUUCACUUGGUUUCUUGAUCUAUUACACUUGAAGCAAAAUUUUUAUGUAUAUGUGUAUUCAAAUUCAAUGGCAAUGCCAAUGUAUAGUAUGUUUUAGGUAUAUUUGGAGAACUAUACAUGUUUUGAUUUCAAAUGGACCAUUUCAGGAUUUUCCAGAA